AUCGCCGACAGCGAUCUCGCUGCCUUCGGGCGUCGCGAGAUUGCGCUCGCAGAAACCGAAAUGCCCGGGCUCAUGGCGAUUCGCGAAGACCACCGCGCGGCACAGCCGCUGCGCGGCGCGCGCAUUUCAGGCUCGCUGCACAUGACUGUGCAAACUGCGGUCCUCAUCGAGACGCUGAGCGCGCUCGGCGCGCAAGUUCGCUGGUGCUCUUGCAACAUCUUUAGCACGCAGGACCACGCGGCUGCCGCAGUCGCGGCGGCAGGCAGCGCAACGGUUUUCGCCUGGAAGGGCGAGUCACUGCAACAGUACUACGACUGCACCGAGCAGGCGCUCAUGUUCUCGGCCGCCGGCGAGGGGCCGGAUCUCAUUGUCGACGACGGCGGCGACAUGACCUUGAUGGUGCAUGAAGGCGUGCGCUUCGAGCUCGAGUACGAGAAAACCGGCCAGCUGCCCGAGUUGAGCAAAGACGCGGAGCUCUCUGUGCUGCAGACCGUGAUCUUGCGUUCGCUCACGCAGUACCCGACGCGCUGGCGCGCGCUC